CAAGCAGUUUAAUGGUUUGAGUUAUCAGUUAUGGGGGCUGAUAGACCUGGGUGUCCAGAUGUUCUUGGAUGUUGCAGUCUCUGUGGAUGAAAGGGAAGCUAAUAAUUGGUCAUUCACAUCACCUACAUGAUUGUCAGGUUGGGCUUCUUGGUUGCUGCUUCGAUUGCAGCCUAUGCAGUUCAGCAGAUUAACAUCAAAUCUUCGAGGCCGGGAACUUCUGUAAUCAAAUCUUCAGAAUCAGGAAAUGGCAAAGCAAGCUUCGAACAACAUCAGAAUGAAGAAGGAAAGGAAUUUAGUGACUCUAAUUUCAAACCAGAAAAGGAACAUGGAGAGGAUGAAGAAGAGGAAGAAGAAGUUAAAAGAAUUAGUAGCAUAAUUAGCCCGGCUCUAGACAACAUUCCAGCUUUUGAAGAUGAUGAGAUUUUACCAGAAUUCGAAGAUUUUCUCUCUGGGGAAAUUGAGUUUCCACUUCCCAAUGAUAAGUUUGAUACAAAAAGUGACUCCCAGGCUGAGAAGGACAGAGUCUAUGAAAUUGAGAUGGAAAAUAAUGCAACUGAGCUGGAACGGUUACGAAGCCUGGUAAAGGAAUUGGAAGAGAGGGAAGUGAAGCUUGAAGGUGAAUUGCUCGAGUACUAUGGUCUGAGGGAGCAGGUGUCAGACAUCACCGAGUUACAAAAGCAGCUGAAGAUAAAGGCGGUUGAGAUUGACAUGCUGAACAUCACCAUUAACUCCUUGCAGACUGAGAGGAAAAAACUUCAAGAAGAGGUUGCACAGGGAGUUUUGGCUAGGAAGGAGCUUGAGGUCGCAAGAAACAAGAUCAAGGAACUCCAGAGGCAGAUUCAGCUUGAGGCAAACCAGACAAAGGGUCAGUUACUUAUGCUCAAACAACAAGUUAGUGGUCUUCAGGCAAAGGAAGAGGAAGCCUUCAAGAAAGAUGCAGAGGUCGAGAAGAAGCUCAAAGCUUCCAAGGAAUUGGAGGUGGAAGUUGUGGAGCUUAAGAGAAAGAAUAGAGAGCUUCAGCAUGAGAAGAGAGAGUUGACUAUCAAACUGGAUGCUGCCGAAUCUAAAGUAAUGGCCCUCUCCAAUAUGACAGAGAGUGAAAUGGUUGCCAAGGCAAGGGAGGAGGUCAAUAAUUUGAGGCAUGCAAAUGAAGACCUCUUAAAGCAAGUGGAAGGACUCCAGAUGAAUAGGUUCAGUGAAGUUGAGGAGCUGGUAUACCUUCGUUGGGUCAAUGCAUGUUUAAGGUAUGAGCUGCGGAAUUACCAGACACCAGCAGGGAAGAUAUCAGCUCGUGAUCUCAGUAAGAAUUUGAGCCCAAAAUCUCAAGGGAGAGCUAAACAGCUGAUGUUAGAGUAUGCAGGUUCAGAACGUGGACAGGGAGAUACUGAUCUUGAAAGCAUUUCUUCACAACCAUCCUCUCCUGGAAGUGAGGACUUGGACAAUACUUCCAUUGAUAGCUCCACUAGUAGGUAUAGUAGUCUCAGUAAGAAACCUGGUCUUCUCCAAAAGCUGAAGAGUUGGGGGAAAAGCAGGGAUGACUCAAGUGUUCUUUCAUCACCAGCCCGAUCCAUUGGGGGAAGCUCCCCAAGCAGAGCUAGCAUGAGCCUUAGAUCCUCCAUGUCAAGGGGUCCAUUGGAAUCCUUGAUGCUUAGGAAUGCAGGUGAUGGUGUAGCUAUCACUACAUUUGGGAAAAAGGAACAGGAUCCCACAGAAUCUCCAGAAACACCAAACCUCCCACGCAUAAGAACACAAGUUUCUUCUGGUGAUUUACCAAACAAUGUUGCAGCAUCAUUCCAGUUGAUGUCUAAAUCUGUUGAAGGGGUUCUUGAAGAGAAGUAUCCUGCAUACAAGGAUCGCCACAAGUUGGCACUAGAAAGAGAGAAAGCAAUCAAAGAGAGAGCUGAGAAAGCAAGAGCAGAAAGGUUUGGUGACGGCUCGAAUUUUAAUUCAAGCUGUGACCCUAGAGCCAGGGAAGAUAGAGAGAAGCCGGCAACACUGCCUCCAAAAUUGGCUCAACUUAAGGAAAAGGUUGUAGUUCCUGGUGAUUCUAGUGAGCAAAACAAUGAUAAGGUCGAUAGCCAAGUGAGCAAGAUGAAACUUGCCCACAUUGAGAAGAGGGCUCCAAGGAUUCCUAGGCCACCUCCAAAAACAUCAGGCAGUGCCCCUAGUGCUUCUGGUACAAAUGUUAACCCAUCAUCUGGAAUUCCAACCCCUCCACCGCCACCAGGUGCGCCACCACCACCACCGCCUCCUCCUGGUGGGCCCCCUCGGCCACCUCCUCCACCAGGAAGUCUACCAAGAGGGUCAGGCACUGGUGAUAAAGUUCACCGGGCUCCUGAGCUAGUAGAAUUCUAUCAGACUUUGAUGAAACGUGAGACAAAGAAGGAUACUUCAUCUUUGAAUUCAUCUAAAGCCAAUGCAUCAGAAGCCAGGAGCAACAUGAUUGGGGAGAUUGAAAAUAGAUCAACAUUUCUCUUAGCUGUAAAAGCAGAUGUGGAGACUCAAGGUGAUUUUGUCCAGUCCUUGGCCACUGAAGUCCGAGCAGCUUCUUUUACUAAUAUAGAAGAUCUAGUGUCAUUUGUGAAUUGGCUUGAUGAGGAACUCUCGUUCUUGGUUGAUGAGCGUGCAGUUCUCAAACACUUUGAUUGGCCUGAAGGGAAGGCAGAUGCCUUGAGGGAAGCGGCUUUUGAAUACCAAGAUCUGCUGAAGUUGGAGAACAAAGUAUCCUCUUUUGUUGAUGACCCCAAACUCUCUUGUGAUGCUGCUUUGAAGAAGAUGUACUCAUUGCUCGAAAAAGUGGAGCAAAGUGUCUAUGCUCUCCUGCGGACACGGGACAUGGCUAUUUCACGGUAUAGGGAGUUCGGAAUUCCAGUUGAUUGGUUGAUGGACACAGGCAUAGUAGGCAAGAUCAAGCUCUCAUCUGUUCAGCUGGCAAAGAAAUACAUGAAACGAGUAGCAUCAGAGCUUGAUGCAUUGAGUGCACCUGAAAAGGAGCCAAACAGAGAGUUUUUGCUUCUUCAAGGCGUGCGCUUUGCCUUCCGUGUUCACCAGUUUGCUGGAGGUUUUGAUGCGGAGAGUAUGAAGGCUUUCGAAAAUCUGAGGAGCCGAGUCCAUGCACAAACAGGCAGCACCAAUCGGCCAGAAGCAUAAUCCUUUCUUUUCAAACUUGUAUCCAUUUUUCUAGUGUAUAUUUCAGUUUCACCUCCAUUGGUUAAAAAUAUCACUUUGUAUUUGGACACUGUAAUAAUCAUCAGUUCAUCUAAUGUCAAAUAGAAGCUAUACAGAGUACAAU